UGCUGGUUCUGACAUACUGUCACCCUUCGUGUACUGUGUAGUCAGCAGCAACCUCGUGGUGUUGUGGAAAUUUGUGUGUGACAUUCUCCAGACUGUAGAACUAAAGCAAUGGAGCAGGAGCCAAGCCCAAGAUUAUCCAUGCAGCAUGAAUGUAAAAGAAGAGUUGGAGGAGGGUGUGAAUAAAGAGCACGACAAGGAAUGCCAGGAUGAGUGUCCAACAGAGUUUCUUGAAGACCCAUUAAAGGCUGGCGACCCUAAUUUUUGUGUAAAGCAAGACCCCGAACUGAAACACCGUGCUGCUGGAUCUGAGCAUAAUUCUGUUGAAGAUCCAUUGGGAAUAUCUUUGGCCACUGAUUUUAUCAAGGAGGAUCCUGAAGUAAAUAUAACGGAGAAUACUGUGGAAACCUCAACAAGAUGUGCAUCUGAUAGUGCAAGAUUUACGCAGACUACUGAUGGGAGUUGUAGCAUAUCAUGUGAAGAAACUUGUCACCAUAGACUGGUCCAGGAUGAGUUGGUGAUAGACAUGGAGAAGUCAACACAUGGGUUCAGUACCAAUACAGAAGAUCUGACUACUGAUAAGGAAUGCUCAGUUGCCACCCAAUAUGACUGUAGUACGAGGGAAAAGGAAUUACAUGUAUAUAGCUGUGAUUUCUGCCAACAGAGCUUUUCUUCAAAAUACAGACUCAUAAUGCAUGUGUUUAUGCACAUUGAUGGAACGCAACCACCUUCGCAUGUUUGUAAGUGGUGUGGUGAGGUAUUUCACAGUAAUGUUGGCUUGAAAAAGCAUAUGAGAAUUAGUGAGAAUUGUCAAGUUUUAACUGUUGACAGUCAUGAAAAAUAUGGACAUAGUGAUGAGCAUCAAACCACUACCUCGUUGGAUAGCGAGGCAGACGUUUCUGUCACAGAACACAAUGAACAGUCUUCAUGUAAGGAAACUUGGAAAGAUUCAAAGAAGCCCUCUAAUGACAUAUGUAACACAUACAUGACAAAUGAUAGAGAGAAAACAAGUAAUUAUGGAACUUUGUCUAUAGCUGUUAAUGUCAGUGCCCAGUCUGAUCUACUUACUGCAAACAGAACCGACAGAUGUGGUAUUUGUGGCAAAUUGUUUGCUAGGUCUGGUGAUCUCGAGAGACAUGUUUCCAUUCAUACUGGGAAAAGACUUCACAAAUGUGAUAUUUGUGAGAAAUGGUUUGCCCAGUCACGUUAUCUAAAGGCUCACAUAUUAAUUCACACUGGAAAGAACCCUUACAUGUGCGAGAUUUGUGGGAAAUCUUUUACUAUGUUAGGUGAUCUCAAGAAACAUUCAUUAAUUCACAUUGGAAAUAAACCUCACAAAUGUGAGAUUUGUGGGAAAUCUUUUACUAUAUCAGGCAAUCUUAAGAAACAUGUAUUGAUUCACACUGGACAGAAACCUCACGAAUGUAAGACGUGUGGGAAAGCUUUUGUGUUUUCAAGCUAUCUGAAGGCACACACAUUAACACGUUCGCUGCGGCUGACGCUCAUAAGCGUUUCCGCGAUCAACACGCCAGAGCGGCUGACGCUCAUAAGCGUUUCCGCGAUCAACACGCCAGAGCGGCUGACGCUCAUAAGCGUUGCCGCGAUCAGCAAGCCAGUGCGGGUAACACUUAUAAGCGGUGCGCUCGCUAGCUGA